GUGCCAAUUGCCUUCAUCAAACUCACGCCUUCUCUCUUCUUCUUCAUUCCCGUCUUCUCCGCUUUAGGUUUCCGUCUCUGUUUCUCUCUUUGCAUUUUCCCGAGAAAAACUUCACAUUCUCGCUUUUUUUUUUUCUCUCUUUCUUUUUCUUCAUCACCCUUUUAAACAAAUCCCACCUCUUGCAUGGUUGGUGAAUAACAAAUUUGUUUUGUUGAGUUCAGAUUCGUUGAAAAGUCCUCUUUUUAAAAAAAAAAAAUUGUGUUCUAAAAACUGUUCAUCGUGGAGAUUCUCGGAUCGGGUAGAGCUGCUAGAGGUGGAUUUCACGGCGGGGAUAGAUUCAUCUUCUGCCUUCUCUUGAGGGGGUAGCCGAGGCUCCGGCCUCGGCGGUUUUUAAACCCCUACCUUCACAAAAUCUGGGAAAUUAAAAACGAUAAAAAAAAAAAGUUUCGAUUUUUUUUUUGUCCUCUGUUUCUCGAAAAAAGUUUUUGGUUUGUUCGAGAAUUUCUUGUAAAAGUGAGAUUGUGAUCGUUUGUUUUUGUUGCUGAGAAGAGAGGGUUGAAGAAGAUAUAAAAAGAUGCCUGCUUUAACUUGUUUCGUUCCUCCAGGCUACGCUUUCUCCAACACCACCGCCGCUGAUGUCUUUAUCCCGGCGUCUUCACCAACUUCCGUCGCUACCACCGCCGCUUCCGUUGUCGACAGCUCCUGCCGCUGGUCUUCCUCUCUCUCGUCGUCUCUUUACCGAAUCGAUGGAUGGGGAGCUCCUUAUUUCGCCGCUAAUUCGUCUGGUAACAUCUCUGUUCGUCCCCACGGCUCUGAAACUUUGCCUCACCAAGACGUCGAUUUGCUCAAGAUCGUUAAGAAGGUGACGGAUCCGAAAUCUUCCGGUGGUUUGGGAUUGCAGCUCCCGCUUAUCGUUCGUUUCCCUGAUGUUUUGAAGAACAGGCUCGAGUGUCUUCAAUCUGCGUUUGAUUUCGCGAUUCAGAGCCAAGGGUAUGGUUCUCAUUACCAAGGUGUUUAUCCUGUGAAAUGUAACCAAGAUCGAUUCGUUGUUGAGGAUGUUGUCAAGUUUGGAUCUUCCUUUCGGUUUGGUUUGGAAGCUGGCUCUAAACCUGAGAUCCUUCUCGCUAUGAGCUGCUUGUGUAAAGGUAACCCUGAUGCCUUUCUUGUGUGUAAUGGUUUCAAAGACGCUGAGUAUGUAUCCUUGGCCCUGCUUGGGAGAAAACUUGCGUUGAACGCUGUGAUUGUGCUUGAGCAAGAAGAAGAGCUUGAUUUGGUUAUUGAGCUUAGCCAGAAGAUGAAUGUGAGGCCUGUCAUUGGGUUGAGGGCUAAGCUGAGGACUAAACACUCGGGCCAUUUUGGAUCAACUUCAGGUGAAAAGGGCAAAUUUGGAUUGACCACUACUCAGAUUGUUCGUGUGGUGAGGAAGCUGAGCGAAUCUGGUAUGCUUGAUUGUCUCCAGCUUCUGCAUUUUCACAUUGGUUCACAGAUUCCGUCGACUUCGUUGCUCUCUGACGGUGUUGCCGAGGCUGCUCAGCUUUACUGUGAACUUGUGCGUCUUGGUGCAAAUAUGAAAGUUUUCGAUAUCGGUGGUGGUUUGGGGAUUGACUACGACGGGUCUAAAUCUGGAGACUCGGAUCUCUCUGUUGCGUAUACUCUCGAGGAGUAUGCUGAAGCUGUUGUAGCUUCUGUUCGCUUUGUGUGUGACAGGAGAUCUGUGAAACAUCCGGUGAUAUGCAGUGAAAGCGGUAGAGCUAUAGUCUCUCAUCACUCUGUGUUGAUCUUUGAAGCUCUUUCGGUAGCUAAACCAACGCUUCAUCAUCAAGCGACUCCUAACGAUAUUCAGUUCCUGCUCGAAGGUGAUGAGGAAGCUCGUGCCAAUUACGAGGAUCUUUAUGCUGCUGUGUUGCGUGGAGACCGUGAAAGCUGCCUCCUUUAUGUCGAUCAGCUGAAGCAGAGGUGUGUUGAAGGUUUCAAAGAAGGUGUUUUAAGCAUCGAGCAGUUAGCUUCUGUUGAUGGGUUAUGCGAGUGGGUAUUGAAGGCUAUAGGCGCGUCUGAUGCGGUUCAUACUUACAAUAUCAAUCUAUCGGUCUUCACUUCGAUUCCUGAUCUCUGGGGGAUUGAUCAGCUGUUUCCUAUUGUUCCUAUCCAUAAGCUCGAUCAAAGGCCCGGAGCUCGUGGGAUCUUCUCGGAUUUAACUUGUGACAGUGAUGGGAAGAUCAACAAGUUCAUAGGCGGGGAAACCAGCUUGCCGUUGCAUGAGCUUGACAACAAUGGCAGUGGAGGAAGGUACUUUUUGGGUAUGUUCCUUGGAGGGGCUUACGAGGAGGCGCUAGGUGGAUUUCACAAUCUGUUUGGUGGGCCAAGUGUGGUCCGUGUCUCGCAGAGUGAUGGACCGCACAGCUUUGCAGUGACCCGAGCCGUGCCAGGUCAGUCCUCAGCAGAUGUUCUCCGAGUAAUGCAGCAUGAGCCUGAGCUAAUGUUUCAGACCUUAAAGCACCGAGCAGAGGAAAUGAUGCAUACCAAAAGCAGUAGCGAUGAAGACGAAGAAGAAGAAGAAGAUGAUACUGAGUUGAACGAUGUCGCGGCUUGUCUCGAUCGUUCGUUCCACAACAUGCCGUAUCUUGCAACUGAGCAGGCAUCGCCAAGUAACUCUCUUUCAGCUGCGAUCAAUAACCUCGGGUUUUACUACUGCGACGAAGACAGCUUCGAUUACCUCUCUGUGUGAGGGAAGGUGGUCGUAGUGUGGUUUGUUGUUGCAUUAUUUACUUUCAAUAAAUUUACUAUUAAAUAAAGAAAUGAUGAGAUCCAUAUGAUCCAUCGUUGUUUAAGGUUUUUUAAUUAUUAAAGGAUCCGAAUGAUGUGAGCCUUUUGUUGUAAUUCCGAUCCUUUUUAUCUUAUUUUACUGAAUAGAAAAAGACCAUUUUAUAAACAA